UGUCUAACCCCACAGAUAAAAAAGAAAUAAACUAAUCAAAUAAAUAAACUUCCUGUACAUUUGUUUGGAUCUGCUGAUUUGUAAUUAAAGAAAAUGCAUUACCACAUCAAUUAAAACCUUAUUAAAUUUUGCUACAGUUGAAGCAUGUUCAGACAUCCGUUUAUUCGGAUGCUUUGUUCAAAAGGAUUGAAUUUAUCACAUUUGACAGGUUCUCUUUGGCUUGGCAUUGGCUUGUUAUAACUGUUGCCUCUAACAUCUCUAAAAUGAGUGCCAACAAUGUUAAACCAUUCACCGUGUUCGUGGAAGGUAACAUAGGUAGCGGUAAAACAACAUUUCUGGAACAUUUUCGUCAGUUUGAGGAUAUCACUUUGUUGACGGAGCCCGUUGAAAUGUGGCGAGAUCUUAAAGGUUGCAAUCUUUUGGAACUCAUGUACAAAGAUCCAGAAAAAUGGGCGAUGACAUUCCAGUCAUACGUUUCCUUGACGAUGUUGGACAUGCACCGGAGACCUGCUUCAACUCCAGUAAAGCUAAUGGAGCGAUCAUUAUUCAGUGCGAGAUACUGCUUCGUUGAACACAUGAUGAGAAAUAAUACACUCCAUCCAGCACAGUUUGCAGUACUUGAUGAGUGGUUCCGAUUCAUCCAACACAACAUUCCUAUUGAUGCUGAUUUGAUAGUAUAUCUAAAGACAUCACCUUCAAUAGUGUACCAAAGGAUCAAAAAGAGAGCUCGUUCAGAAGAGCAGUGUGUGCCCUUGUCAUACAUUGAGGAACUGCAUAGGUUGCAUGAGGACUGGCUAAUCAACAGGAUACAUGCUGAAUGUCCCGCACCAGUAUUAGUGUUAGAUGCUGAUUUAGACCUCUCUCAGAUAACUGAUGAAUACAAGAGAAGUGAGCAUCAAAUUUUAAGAAAGGCUGUUAAUGUAGUUAUGAGUUCACCAAACAAGCAUAGCCCAAAGAAACCAAUAUCAACAACACCAAUCAAGAUCACACCUCACAUGAGGAUCUUAUAAUAUAUUCAUUAUUAUUAUUAAUUCAAUCUGACUUUAUACAUAGUUUAGUAAUAAUAUUAAUAGUUUCAUCUCUAAUUAUAUGUCUCAUCACAUAUUUAAUUGUGAAGUUACCUUAAAACCACUUGCACUGAAGAAAUCUUAUUAUUUUUUGUAUCAUUAUGAAGACAUUGUUAAUGGCCAGCAUGAUCACAUUAUGCAUGCAAGAUUACAUGCGUGAUCACAUGCACUAUACAUAUAAAAUCAUAUAGUAAUUAUGUAUUGAUUACAUAAUGAAUGCACAUUCUUAUUUUUGAUCUACACUCAAGAUAAAAGUAAUAUUUGAAACUGUAAAUUCAAAGAAACCAUGCGAAUAUUAACUUGUAUAAUAUUCUAAACUAGUAGAUUAUAAAAAUAAAAUUAUGACCAUUAGAAUGUAUUCAAAUUACGGUUGAUACUUGAAAAGUUUUACCUUGUAAAGGACAACUGGAAAUUGAAAGUAAAGGAUUUAGAUCUUAAUUAGUAGUAUAAAAUUAAUCACAAAUUCUUUUAAUAUUUUAAUUUCAAAAUAAUUAUUUAUGAAUCGUACUGAUGUUAUUGUGCAUGGUUUGCAUUUAAUUUAUAAUAAGUAUUGUAUAUUUAUAUUUAAAACGAUUUAUAGUAUUAUUGACUUGGAUU